GGUUUUCCUCAAGUGUUCGCUAUAAAUAUAAAUCUUGACAGAGCAAGGUGGAAUUAACUUCGCAUUGAAAUCGACAAUUUUGUUGACUAGAGAGUGAGCAUGGCAAAGGCAGCCAAUGAUAUCAAAGAUUCUGACGAGUUUAGAGGAAACCCUUCGCUGUGGAGGAAUGAUGGCAGUUUGAAAGUUACCAAGAAAAGUGGAACAGUUGGAAAUAUAAAGGGAGAUCAGAAAGUUGUGUGCACAAUAUGUUCAGAAAUUGGAGAAGAGGCAGAGGCAAUUAUGGUUUGCAAGGAGCCCGAUUGCAAGGAAAAGUUAUGCAAUGGUUGUGCCAAACGACACCAAAAGCAAAGGGCAACGAAAGAUCAUGAAGUUAUCAAACUGGAGGAUGACGUAUCUAGUGAAGAUGGUGUCUUCUGUGAGUUGUGCGAAGAUGAAGAUGUCCCUGGCUUUGGAUAUUGUACAGAUUGCGAUGACCCGGAAGUUCUUUGUAACAAAUGCUGCAAGCGUCACACUGCAUCCAGAAAAUUCCAGAAUCAUAAAAUUUCACAAGAUUUGAAAUUACUUCAAAAUUUGCGAAAACUACCGCAAAGUCUUUCAUCGCAAGCAGUUGUAAAUAAAAGUAACAAUCCAGCCAGAUCCCACCUAAGAAAUGGCACCCAAACUAGAAUUGCAGUACCAGAAAUUUCAUCUAGCUUUCAAUGUGAACCUUGCCGUUUUGAAAAAAAUACGGUUUCUGCAACUCAAUUCUGUCUUGAUUGUGCAGAACCAGAGCCAAUGUGUACGCCUUGUGCUCAGCAACAUCUAAGACAGAAGGUUGGUCGAGGUCAUAACUUGUCAAAGGGUAUGCUGCAAUUUCGGACACGACAAGGAGCGUUUUCUUCCAGACAAGAAAAUAGUGGAACAGUUUCAUCCCAGGGACAUAUUGACAAAGAGGACUGCAUGCCUGGAAAACCAGUGCCUGGCAUUGUAAAAUCGGAUUCUGUCAAACUGCACUGGCGGAGAUGCGAUGGUGUGGACAGCUAUCAAAUACGAUAUAAAAGUAAAUCUGGGAAGGAAAACUGGAAAAUAAUCCAGACUGAUGAUAACAAAAGUGAAAUUACCAUUGAAGGUCUAAUGGCUGAUACUACGUACAUUUUCCAAGUCCGGGGAGUCAAGGGGGACAUUGAAGGUUCCUACAGUCAGGCUAACGAAGAAAUAAGAACACAAGCAUCUCUAGCUUCUUAUUUUCUGUCUUACUCAGUUCAGCUUAGCAACGGUAAUCCUUCCAAGUUUGAGCUGCCAUUCACGGAAAAUUCUAGGGCAAGAAAUCAGCACCACAAGAUACGUCAAAUAUGCUUAGGUGACAUGACAAACAGAGGAAAUCGGGAGGUGGAGAAAACUAUUAUGUUGGUUGGUUCCACUGGAUCAGGCAAGAGCACACUGGUGGAUGGCAUUGUAAACUAUGUAAUGGGUGUGAGUUUUGAAGAUCCAUUUCGAUUUACGCUUGUGAAACUAGAGGAUGAAGAACGACGUAAAACAGGAAAUCAAGCAGUUUCUCAGACAGAAUGGAUUACCGUUUACAAAAUCGUUCCUCAAAGAGGAGGAAGACUGGACUACACCCUGAAUAUCAUUGAUACCCCAGGCUUUGGAGACACCAGGGGACCAGAGAGAGACGACGCCAUAGUAGACCAAGUCCGAUAUCUUUUCUCUGCAAAGGGAGAAGAGGGUGUCCUUUUCCUAGAUUCUGUUUGUUUCAUUGUUAAGGCACCUGAUGCUCGCCUCACUCCUGUUCAGAAAUAUAUAUUUCAUGCAAUCAUGUCCCUUUUUGGAAAAGAUAUUGAAUCAAACAUUUGUACGUUGAUAACUUUUGCUGAUGGAGCAGAUCCACCUGUUUUGGCAUGUCUAAGAGAAGCCAAACUUCCUUUUGGAAAUACAUUUCAGUUCAACAACUCAGCACUGUUUGCCACGAACAAAAAUCUUCAAAGCAACUCUCUCUCCCCGUUUUUCUGGGAAAUGGGUUGCAAAAGUUUUGAAGCAUUUUUCAGACAUAUGAAGAGAUUCGAGACAAGAAGCUUGUCACAGACACAAGAUGUCUUACACGAAAGAGAACAGUUGAAAACAAUCAUAUGCAGCAUUAGACCUCAGAUAACAGCAGGGUUAUCAAAACUGAGUGAGUUAAGAGAACAGUUGGAGCUUUUCAACCGGCACAAAAAUGAUAUUGAAAGCAAUAAAGAUUUUACCUAUGAUGUGGAGGAGACGAGACAGAUCAAAACAGAUUUGCCUAGAGGACAGGCUGUUACAAACUGCCUACAGUGUCACGUGACCUGUCACGAAGACUGCCAUAUUAGAGAUGAUGACCAAAAGAGGAAAUGCUCUUCCAUGACCGAUGGCUAUUGUAGAGUCUGCUUUGACAAUUGCUACUGGGAUCAACAUAAAAACACACCAUACAUAUUUUCGUACGUAACGGAAACUGUCACUAAAACCUACCAAGAAAUGAAGGAUCGGUACGAGAAAGCAAUUGGUGAAAAGCUAACACAUGAGAAGUAUAUAAAAGAAUUGACGAUGGACGUUGACGACCUAAUGGACAACAUUAUGGAUAUGAUGAAUGAAAUGAAUCGCUGCAAGACCAGACUGAAAGAGAUUGCAUUAAGGCCAGAGGCACUCACUACUGUUGAGCACAUAGAUCUGAUGAUCCAAGCAGAAGAAUCUGAGAGACAGCCAGGGUAUACAAAAAGGAUCAAAAUGCUUCAAGAAAUGAAAAGAAUGGCAUUGGUUGAUAAGGACUAUCAAAAUUUGGAUGCCAACUUCCGUAACACUUGUAAUGACAUAACUAGCGCCGUCGGUAAAGAGUUUCGAGGAAGACGUAGAAUUAAGACGCGUCGUCAGCCUAAAGGAAGAAACCAAGGUGUUGUUGCUCGAGGAAUUAAUAUGGUGAAAAAGUUGUUCGGAGAAGGAAGACAAAAUACUUUGUGCACAAUAUGUUCUGAAGUAGGAGAAAAUGAAAAGGCUGUUAUGGUUUGCAAGGAACCCGACUGCGGAGAAAUGUUAUGUGAAGCGUGCUGUAAAAGACAUCGGAAACAAAGAGCCACAAGGGAUCAUAACGUCAUCAAACUGGAGGAUGAUGUAUCAGGUGUUGACGUCUUCUACUGCGAGCUUUGCACAGAUGAAGCCGUCCCUGGUUAUGGAUACUGUAUUGAAUGUAUUGAUCCAGAGAUACUCUGUGAGAAAUGCUGCAGGCGACAUACUGCAUCUAGAAGAUUUCAAUACCACCACCUUUCCCAAGAUCUCCAAUUGCUUAAAAAGAUGCGUUUAGAUGAAUCCUUCAAAACUGGAAAAGAUUUCGUGGAUAAUCCACAAUUGAAAUCUUGCAAGGAAAAUAUUACCCAAGAGACGACAGACAUAACAACUAACUAUCUCUGUGAACCUUGCCAGUUUGAAGGUAAACAAGUGCCGGCAACCCAGUUUUGUCUUGAUUGUGAAGAACCAGAGCCAUUUUGUUAUCCUUGUGGUCAACAACAUUUACGUCAAAGGGUUGGAAGGGGUCAUAGACUGUCACAGAGCAUGCAAUUAUUUAAGUCAAAGCAAGAAGCAGUGCCUGCUAAACCUACUCUAAGUUUGGAUAGUGGAACAAAUGUAGAAAAGCCCAUCACUUCAAAUGACACACCUGGUAAACCAUUAGCGGACAUCAUCAAAUCAGAUUCUGUUAAGCUGCAUUGGCGAAAAUGCAAUGAUGUAGACUGCUAUCAAAUACGAUACAAAAGUAAAGACGGAAAAGAAAACUGGAAACUAAUUCAGACUGACAGCAACAAAAAUGAAAUUACCAUUGAAGGUCUAAUGGCUGACACAACAUACAUUUUCCAAGUCCGAGGUGUCAGGGGUGACAUUGAAGGUUCCUACAGUCAGGCUAACGAAGAAAUAAGAACACAGGAAUCUCUGGCUUCGUAUCUCCUUAACUUCUCAAUUCAGAUGAGCAAAGGGAACCCUUCAAAAUUCGAGUUACCCUUUCAUGAAAACCCAAAGGCUAGAAACAAACAUUAUAAAAUACGUCAAAUAUGCCUAGGAGAAAGGAAAAAUUUAAAUCAGGACGAAGAGAAAACCAUAAUGUUAGUUGGUGCAACUGGAUCGGGCAAAAGCACGCUUGUAGAUGGCAUCGUUAAUUAUGUGACAGGCGUAAGCUUUGAAGAUCCUUUCCGAUUUACUCUUGUGAAACUAGAAGAUGAAGAGCGACGCAAAACAGGAAAUCAGGCAGUUUCUCAGACAGAAUGGAUAACGGUUUACAAAAUUCCACCACAUAAAGGAGGACGGCUGGACUUCACAUUGAACAUUAUAGAUACCCCAGGCUUCGGAGACACCAGAGGAAUUGACAGAGACAACAAUAUUGUAGACCAAGUCAGAUAUCUUUUCUCUGCAAAGGGAGAUGAGGGUGUCCUUUUCUUGGAUUCUGUUUGUUUUAUUGUUAAGGCACCUGAUGCUCGCCUCACUCCUGUUCAGAAAUAUAUAUUUCAUGCAAUCAUGUCCCUUUUUGGAAAAGAUAUCGAAUCAAACAUCUGCACAUUGAUAACAUUUGCUGAUGGCGCAGAUCCUCCUGUUUUGGCAUGUUUAAAAGAAGCUAAACUUCCUUAUGGAAAUACAUUUCAAUUCAACAACUCUGCACUAUUUGCAACGAACAAGAAUCUCCAGAGUAGCUCUCUGUCCCCGUUUUUCUGGGAAAUGGGUUGCAAAAGUUUCGAAGCAUUCUUUAUCAAUCUAAAGAAAUUUGAAACAAGGAGCUUGUCGCAGACAAAAGAUGUCUUGCACGAAAGAGAACAACUGAAAACCAUUAUAUCUAAUUUAAGACCUCAAAUUACAGCCGGAUUAUCGAAACUGAGUGAGGUGAGAGAAGAAUUAGACCUUUUCAACAGGCACAAAAAUGAUAUUGAAAGCAAUAAAGAUUUUACUUAUGAGGUUGAAGAAACGAGGCAGAUCAAAUCAGACUUGCCUGCAGGCCAGCAUGUUACAAAUUGUCUGCAAUGUCACGUAACUUGCCAUGAAGGCUGCCGCAUAGCUGACGAUGACGAAAAGAUGAAGUGUUGGGCAAUGACUGAUGGCUAUUGCAGAAUAUGCUCAGGAAAUUGUUAUUGGGAUCAGCACAAAAACACCCCAUACAUAUUUUCAUACAGGACAGAGACAGUCACUAAAACCUAUCAAGAAAUGAAGAAUAGAUACGAGAAAGCAAUUGGUGAAAAACUAACUCACGAAAAGUAUCUUACAGAAUUGGCUGUUACUGUUGAUGAGCUCAUGGACGAUAUAAUAGAUAAGGUGGACGAAAUGAACUCCUGCAAGACAAGACUGAAAGAGAUUGCAUUAAGACCAGACCCACUUUCUACUGUUGACCAUAUAGAUCAGAUGAUUCAAGCAGAAGAGUCUGAGAGGCAGCCUGGAUAUACCAAGAGGAUCAAAAUGCUUCAAGAAAUGAGAAAAAUGGCAUUAGUUGACAAAGAAUAUCAAAAUUUAGACCAACAUUUUCGCAGCACACGCAAUGACAUAACCAGUGCCGUCGGCAAAGAUAUUCAACCUAAGCGUACUCGUCGACAAGUAAGAAGAAAGGAAAAACAAGGAGCUUUUGCAAAUAUAUUUACAAAAUUAUUUGGAUAAUUUACUGAUAUUACAAUUUGUCACCAAAUGUUUCAUUGGUGUUUAAAUGAAACAUGACGUGGCAAUACGAAAAUUCAAUUUAAGAAAUCAGAACCAUAUUUUUAUUGGGGAAAAGUGCUAUUGCAUAUUAUUUUCUGGGCUCACGCUAUCGGUGUUUUUAUAAUGUACACCGAUUAUACAAUGCGAUAUAAAGGACAUUUUAAAAAAUCUUAAUUAAUUAAUUUUUAAGAUAUGUUGUUUUCUUCUUAGG